AUGCAUUUUUUCAAUGUCAUCCUCCCUCUUGCUCUCCUUGCAAGUCCCAUCUUUGCAACGCCCGUUGAUCUCGAAGCUCGUGCAGGUGAAACCGUCCGUUGCACAGCAACCGACACCACAAAGGCCAAGCACACUUCCAAAACCUGGACUGUCAGCGUCGAUGAAGCCAAAAAACUUGUCCAAAAGGCCGGCGUCAAAGGCGCUGACAAGACUGGAUACCCGCACGCAUACAGAAACGGGGAAAAGCUUGAAUGGGACCCUGCUGCCUGCAAGAAGACCAAUAUCGAUUUGCUGGAAUACCCUGUCUUCUGGCAGGGCACGAAGCAGAUCAAAUCUGACACGAAGAUUAAUGGCCAAGCGCACACGCCUAUCCGUGUUGUGUACGCAAAUGCUGGGGGCACUCCUGUCUACUGUGGCAUUAUGGUCCAUACGCAGGUCAAGCAGAAGCCUGAUAUGGACAAGAAGCAGUCUUGGGAAGGUGAUGAGGGGUUCAGCAAAUGUACCUAG